UAUAGAUUUAUAACCAGUCUAGAGCAACUAAAAGUUUAUACAUUAAAAGAUGGGAGCCCAAGUUUCAACACAACAAAGAUCAUCAGAUCAUGGCGAAGUCCUUUCAGUUCAUUCCUUAGAUAAGUGGAACACGCAGUUUCAGAACUCCAAAACAUCCAACAAACUCAUGGUAAUUGAUUUCUCGGCAGCAUGGUGUGGACCUUGUAAAUUCAUUGAACCAGCUGUUCAUGACCUAGCCGUUGAGUUUACAGACGUUGACUUCAUCAAGAUUGAUAUCGAUGAGUUACCCGAUGUGGCUAAGGAUUUUGACGUGCAAGCGAUGCCAACGUUCGUAUUGCUCAAAAAAGGAAAAGAACGCGACAGGCUUGUCGGGGUUAAGAAGGAUGAGCUUCAUAGGUUGAUUGAGAAACACAGGUUUUAAAGAACCAGUUAUAAGCUAGUUACACGACACAACACAACACGAUUGCAACUUAAAUAAAGUAUAUGUAGCAAGUAUGUUUGUUAUGUCUUAUGUCACGAGUCCAUGUAUUCUAUAAAUCGCGAGUCGAGAAUAAUAUGAUACCCAUAAGUUCAAAAACACAUAUUUAUUUACUA